CAGGUCUCGGGCCCUCAGGCGGAGCGGCGGGCGCCGGACCCCCAGGAGGAGCGACAGGUCUCGGGCCCUCAGGCGGAGCGGCGGGCGCCGGACCCCCAGGUGGAGCGACAGGUCUCGGGCCCUCAGGCGGAGCGACGGGCGCCGGACCCCCAGGCGGAGCGACAGGUCUCGGGCCCUCAGGCGGAGCGGCGGGCGCCGGACCCCCAGGCGGAGCGACAGGCGCGGAGCGACAGGUCUCAGGCCCCCAGGCGGGGCGGCGGGCGCCGGAUCCCCAGGCGGGAGCGGGCGGGCGCUGGACCCCCAAGCGGAGCAACAGGUCUCGGGCCCCCAGGCGGAGCGGCGGGCACCGAGACACCAGGCACGACAGUGGGCUCCGAGUCAACUGGUAUGACCGCAGGCACUGGGUCAGACAUUGGAUGGUCUGGCUGGACAGCGGGCAUCGGGUCACCAGGCAUCAGGUCAUUUGGCUCG